AUGUGGAAAGUAAUUCCAACAUGUAUUCCCAAGAAAACUACUGGUAAGAAGUCCUUCAGUAAUCAUGAUAAAUCGGUGGCAAAUAACUUUAACGAGUUUUUUACAGCUGUCGGUUCAAUCACUGUCAUGAAAAUUAAAUCACUUGCUAAAGAAAACAAUUACACUCCCUCCCAAUUGCCACCUGUCCCAACCAGUUACACAGAGUCGGAUCAGUUUACCUUUCAACCUGUGGAAUGUUCCUUAGUAGAAUAUAUUGUGAAGUCAAUGCCUGAUAACAAGGCAACAGGAAUAGAUAAAGUACCUACUCGCGUUAUCAAGGACUGUCUUCCCGUUAUUGCACCAUGGAUUACCUCAUCAUAA